ACUCAAAUGGAUUUAUCUAUUUCCAGCCAUUCACCUGAAUCUUCUAUCGGAUCUUCACCGGAUUUCUCUCAUUGGAACACCACGAAUUCCCUUCCUUUCAAUGAAAACGAUACACAAGAAAUGCUUCUUUUCAGUCUCCUAACUACUGAUGGUUUCAACACAACAACAUCUCUAGACGAAGUUACCUCAAAAACACCCACAAAAAUGACCCAAUAUAGAGGCGUUAGACGACGUCCAUGGGGUAAGUUUGCAGCGGAAAUAAGGGAUUCAACGAGGAAUGGCGUGAGAGUUUGGUUGGGUACAUUUGAUAGUGCAGAAGCAGCUGCUUUGGCUUAUGAUCAAGCCGCUUUGUCAAUGAGAGGUUCUUCCGCGAUAUUAAACUUUCCAGUAGAUAAAGUGAGGCAAUCUUUGCAUGACAUGAUGGGUAGUAAAGCCGUGGUUGAAGGCGGUGGUUCUCCCGUCAUGGCGUUGAAGAAGAAGCAUUCAAUGAGGAAGAAAGAUGCAAGUAAUAAGCAGAUUAAGAAAGGAGCAAAAAAGGAGGAGAAUGUGGUUGUCUUUGAAGAUUAAUUAGGGGUUGAUUAUCUAGAAGCAUUGUUAAAUUCAUCUAUGAUAACAAGAAUUAAGCUUGUUUUGUUAAUUUCCUUUCCUUUUUCAUGUUCUAUGAAAUUGGA